AGAAACAGACAGAAAGCUCAACUUGUUCAAAGAAUAACAAAGUUAAUGGCGUAGCGUGGGGAAGACAUAGAUUUAGUGAAAUAACUAUCUAAUAAAAUAAUACUUUCAUUGAGUUGUACCUAAUCAAUAAUUAGGUAUAUGGAAUUGAACAAAUCGAAAAACUUGACUAUAUGUUAGUAGAAGUGUUUAACUCAUCGUUGUGACCGGCAAAAGCUUAGGCUGAAGCAAUGGCUGAAAACGAUAUCGAUUUAUAUGCAGACGAUAUUGAUCAAGAAUUUGCCCAGGUAAAGGAAGAGUUUGGUGGUGAUAAUGUUGACCUUUAUGACGAUGUCUUGGCCACAUCAGGAACUCCAAAUGCUGCUGACAAAACUGUUGCUAAUGUUUCUGGAACUUCUAACGAAGAAACCAAUGGAUCGGCAUACUCUACACAGGGUAACAAUAUCACUCCAAAUACUGUGGGACGUAGACAUCAAUUGUAUGUAGGAAAUUUAACAUGGUGGACAACCGAUCAAGAUAUCGCCAAUGCUGUAAGAAACGUGGGUGUGAACGAUUUCAACGAGGUGAAAUUUUUCGAGCACCGAGCGAAUGGUCAAUCCAAAGGAUUCUGCGUCAUUUCUCUCGGCUCGGAAGCCAGCAUGCGUCUGUGCAUGGAGCAACUUCCCAAAAAAGAGAUCCAUGGCCAAAAUCCCGUCGUAACCCUUCCCACCAAAAUGGCCCUGAGUAACUUUGAAAGUCAGUCUAAAACCCGACCGACACCUGCCAAUAACAAUCCCAGAUCCCAACAUCCCAGUCAUUCUAACAAUAACCUUCCCCCAGGUCCCCACCAAAAUUUCGGAGGCAGAAUGCCGAUGAACGCGCCCAUGCGAGCCCCCAUGAAUCCGGGGGGGCCCAGGAUGCAGGGGCCCCCUCCGGGAUACAACGGUCCACCUCAAGGUCAACCGCCCCGUUUCCAACCCCAGCCCCAAUGGAACGGGCCCAGGUUCAAUGGACCCCCGCACAACAUGUCUCCCAAUAUGGGUCCGAACAUGAGACCUGGUGCUCCUCCACCGGGGCAAGGACCUCCGAGGCCGCCCAUGUUCCAAGGUCCGCCUCAGGGUCAAAUGCCCCCUCGCGGUAUGCCCCAGCAGGGUCCGCAGCCAGGCCCGAUGCGGCCUGAUUGGAACCGGCCGCCGAUGCAGCAAGGAUUCCCGCCCCAUCAGGGUCCCCCGCACAUGCAAGGGCCUAACAUGGGCCCGCGAGGACCUCCGCCUAUGGGCGGGCCGCCGGGUGCCCCGCCGCAAGGUCCGCCGCAGGGACCCGCGCCCCACGUCAAUCCCGCGUUCUUCCCGCAGAACGGUCCCCCUCCUCAGAUGCCGCAUCCGGGCAUGCAGAACGCGCCCGGCAUGCCGCCCCAGGUGCCGCCGCAAGGACCGCCGCAUCAUCCGCCCAUGGGCCCGGCCAGCGUGCCGCCCCACGGACCCUCUCACUACGGCCCGCCGACCAGCAUGCCGCAGCCUCCGUACGGCGGGCCGCCGCCGGAUCAUCGUCCCGACAUACCGGCCAUCAGCGAACAAGAAUUCGAAGACAUCAUGUCCAGGAACAGGACAGUGUCGUCUUCGGCCAUCUCCAGGGCGGUGUCGGACGCCGCGGCCGGCGAAUACGCGAGCGCCAUCGAGACCCUGGUCACGGCCAUCUCCCUGAUCAAGCAGUCGAAGGUGGCGAACGACGACCGAUGCAAAAUUCUGAUAAGUUCGUUGCAGGACACGCUCAGGGGCGUGGAGGACAAGAGUUACAGUUCGGCGAGACGCGAACGGUCCAGAUCGAGGGACAGGUCGCACAGGAGACCGAGGAGGGACAGGUCGACCUCGAGGUACAGGGAGAGGAGCAGGGACAGGGACCGCGACAGGGACCGCGAACGCGACAGGUACUACGCCGAGAGUUACAGGGAGAGGGACAGGGAACGCGACAGGUCCAGGAGUCGCGGCGAUAGGGACAGAGAGAGGGAGUACAGGGAGAGAGACCCGGAGGAAGGAGCAAGAGUACCAAGAACAAGAAAUAAAUCGCCUUCCGACGUUGUGGAUGCAAGCGGAGAACCCGGUAAGUCACGUUACUACGAGGAACGUUACAGGGAAAGGGAACGAGACACCGGACGAAGCAGGGAUUCUGAACGGGAGAGAGAAAGGGAUAGAAGGGAUGAAACUCACCGUUCACGUCACUGACUCGACUAUCAGUUCUUCUCUGAAGUAAAAAAAAAAUACUAAUUUGAUUUAAAAAAAAUAUAUAUAUUACUGUCUUACGUUUUAGAAGGUAUAGAAUUUACGUUUACUCUUGAUGUUUGUGAAUUUAAGUAAGUCAAAAUAGUUGAUUUCCUGAAGAAAAUCUGGAAUGGAAGAAAGAAGACGGCUGCAAAUGGUUCAAGAUUGUAUGGUUUUUAGAGAAUGAAAAUAUGAUUCAGAACAUUGA